AUGGAAGGCAUUCAAAGCAUUUGUAUUAAAAACACAGAAACAAGACAAUCUCCCAAACCUCAUGUUGUUUACCGUGUAGAAGUUCAAGCAGCAGUUAGAACUUGGACUAUUUGGAAACGUUACAGUGAAUUCGAUGAAUUAAAUGAUAAACUUUCCCGUCUUUUUCCAAAUAACCUACCACCAUGUGAAAUUCCAGGAAAGAACUAUUUCCAAUCUACCUUGGGAAAUCCCAUUCUUAUCGAAGAAAGACGUAGAGGCUUGGAAGAGUAUUUAAAAGCAAUACUUUCACACAGAGAUGAUCGUUGGAGAGAAACUGAUGAAUGGAAAGCAUUUUUAGCCAUACCAACUGGAAGGUCAAUCGACCCUAUUAAUAUGUAUACUUUUGAAAGUUGGCUUGAUGAAUUUCAACAAGUCCAAGCAUUAGCCAAAGAGAUUCGUUCACAUCUUAAUCGCCGUGAAACACAUAUUGCAAAAAACGAAGUACAAGCUUCACAUAAUUGUAGUUUACAGGCUAAAAAAUGCUUAGCUACACUAGGUGUUCGAGCGUCACAACUUGAAAGCGGUCUUACAGGUUUAGCAAAAGGUUCUGGAAGAGAUGGUAAGGUUAUGUCGGAAGGUGAACUCAGGAGAAGACAAGAUAUGUUAAAUGAUCUCAAAGAUGAAAAAGACACCUUAGCAAAACUUGUGUUAGCAAAUAGACCUGACUAUAGCAAGGCCACCACACCAGCUAGCUCGAUUGAUCGUGCUGCUUUGUUCCGACAACCAAUUAGACAGCGUUCAUCACCACAACUUGGUAAAUUUGGAGGUAGUGCAAUAAUGGAUACACCAGCCAAUGGAAAUGGGUUAGCCACAUCACCGACAUCGUCAAUUUUAACUAAUUCUCAAACGAAUCUUUCAUCACGACGAGUAUUUGGUAAUGCUCGAGCAACGCCAGCCGAAACUGAACAAACUCGUGGUCUUGACAAUGAGGGUCUGGUAAAAUUACAAAAACAGGCCAUGGAAGAUCAAGACCGGCAUGUUGAACAAUUUACUGCCAUAUUAAAUAGACAAAAACAUAUCGGACUUGCCAUUAAUAAUGAAUUAGAGAUUCAAAAUCAAUUGUUGACAGAAUUAGAUGAAAGCACAAAUAAUAUUCCUUUAGGAAGAAGAAGACUAUAUGGUACAUCUGAUGAACAAGAAUUACAAGUAACCCAAAAUUACAGUCCGGAGCCUAACUACCCUACUGGAUUUUCACUUAAAAGAUCUAAUGAUAAUGACGACGACCAACAAUCAGAUGAAAGAGAAGAACGUAGGCGUAAGAGAAGAAGUAGAUGGGGUGGCGAGGAAUCAAAGGUAAACAUUCCAGGACUACCAACUGCAAUCACUUCAAAGAUGUCAAAGGAACAGUUAGAUGCCUAUCUUUUACAUAUGAGAUUAGAAGAAAUUGGUAGAAAAUUAAGAACUGGAGAUUAUGUUCCACCAGAGCGUGAAAGAUCGUUAUCACCUAAACCUAUUUAUGAUUCACAAGGAAAACGUGUCAAUACUCGGGAGUAUCGUUAUCGUAAAAAAUUAGAAGAUGAAAGACACAGGUUAAUCGAGGAUGCUAUCAAAAUGAAUCCAGAUUUUAAACCACCUGCUGAUUAUAAGCGUCCUACCAAAAUGCAGGAUAAAGUUUAUAUACCAGCAAGAGAAUUUCCCGAGAUCAAUUUCAUUGGUUUAUUGAUUGGUCCUCGUGGUAACACUUUAAAAAAAAUGGAAUCAGAAUCCGGUGCUAAGAUUAGUAUUCGUGGUAAAGGAAGUGUCAAAGAAGGAAAGAGUAGGACAGAUUCUGCUGCAAAUGCUAAUCAAGAAGAAGAUUUGCAUUGUCUGGUUACUGCUGAUUCCGAGGAUAAGGUAGAGAAGGCAGUUGAAAUGGUCAAUAAGAUUAUUGAAAAUUCAGCUUCCGUUCCGGAAGGUCAAAACGAACUUAAAAGACAACAAUUACGUGAAUUGGCAGCUCUUAAUGGUACACUUAGGGAUGAUGAAAAUCAAAUUUGUGCCAAUUGUGGUAUUACUGGACAUCGUAAUUAUGAGUGUACUGAAUCACAAAAUGUUACUAUCAAUCUUACAUGCCGCAUAUGUAGUGGACAUGGUCAUACUGCCAGGGAUUGCAUGGAAAGAAAUAACCCUGAAGCAUUACAACAAGCAAAACAAAGAGAUCAAAGGUUAGAUAAUGAAUAUUUGAAUUUGAUGGCUGAGUUAGGUGAAAACAUUGGAUCCAAAACUAAUGAAACAACUGGAAAAACUGGCCAUUACGGGCCCGCAACUACAAGUAAGCCACCAUGGGCACAAUCUAACGCAACUAGUGGAACCACUACAACACAUUGGGCUUCAAAAUCUUCAACACCAACUUCAACUGGGGUCCACACAGGAUUAUCAUCUAUUCCUCCCUGGCAACAAACAGCAUCAACUACAAUUCCUCCUCCACCCGGCUUAAGUAAUGCACCACCACCACCAGCAUUGUCAUUAAAUAAUACACCGUGGAACACUGCUAAAACUACCAACACCAUAUAUGCGCCGCAACCUCCACAACCUCCACCCCCACCUGGUUCACUAUAUCCUACUGCACCGGCUCCAACUUCGACCUCAUAUUAUUCACUUACAUCUACAAAUACAGCACCAAAGUGA